AAUCGAUUGGCGAUUUCGGAUUUCUAUAUUUUUGUGAAAAUUAAUGUUAUUUUAAUAAUUUUAUUGUAGGAAGCUUCAAAAGCGAGAUUAGCGUACUGUUUACAGUUUGUUGUGUAUUAUUAAGACUUAAAACAGGGGAAAUUCGCAAACUAUUUAUGGUGUUGUUCUUCGUUCUCUGGUCUGUCAGUAUCUGGUGAUUUGCGCAGCAGAGAAUAUGGACUGAUUACGGCAUUAACGCGUUCCAGCACAAUGUUGUGAGAAGCAUAGAAAUUCCUGCAGUUUUCUGUUAACGUUGAAAGUAAGGAGUGACAACUUUUCAUCUGGACUGGAGUCCAUCGCGAAGAUGUCUGCUCCACCGUCGGCUGGAUCCGUCAACGGGACCUCUUCGACCAAACGCAAAGAAAUUUACAAAUACGAAGCACCAUGGAAUGUGUACGCCAUGAACUGGAGCGUGCGUCCCGAUAAAAAAUUUCGUCUUGCCGUGGGAAGUUUCAUUGAAGAGUACAACAAUAAAGUGCAGGUUAUCCAGCUGGACGAAGAGCCUGGAGAUUUCACUAAACUGCACGAGAUUGACCAUCCUUAUCCAUGUACCAAAAUUAUGUGGAUCCCGGAUAGUAAAAGCCUGUAUCCUGAUCUCUUUGCAACUUCUGGCGAUUUUUUGCGCAUUUGGCAACUGCAACCCGAAGGCAAUAUUCGCAUGGAAUGUCUCUUGAAUAACAACAAAAAUUCCGAGUUUUGUGCUCCUUUGACAAGCUUUGAUUGGAAUGAAGUGGAUCCAAAUUUACUAGGAACUUCCAGCAUCGACACCACUUGCACAAUCUGGAGUUUGGAGACAGGACAGGUCGUGGGCGUGACACCUGCUGUGACAGGAAGUGUGAAAACUCAGCUGAUUGCUCACGACAAGGAGGUGUACGACAUUGCAUUUAGUCGUGCAGGAGGCGGCCGCGACAUGUUUGCUAGCGUCGGUGCCGAUGGAUCGGUUCGUAUGUUUGAUCUCCGUCAUCUGGAGCAUUCGACAAUUAUUUACGAAGAUAUUCAGCAUCAACCGCUGCUGCGUCUCACAUGGAACAAGCAAGAUCCCAGUUAUUUGGCAACUUUUGCUCUGGAUUCGACGGAGGUGAUUAUUUUGGAUGUUCGCGUUCCCUGCACUCCUGUUGCUCGUCUGAAUAAUCAUCGGGCUUGCGUUAACGGCAUGGCCUGGGCACCCCAUUCCGCUUGCCACAUCUGUACGGCAGCAGAUGACCAGCAGGCAUUGAUUUGGGACAUCCAGCAAAUGCCCAGACAGAUUGAGGAUCCUAUUCUGGCGUACAAGGCCGAUGGUGCUAUCAAUCAGAUCCAAUGGGCCAGCACCCAGCCGGACUGGAUUGCCAUCUGCUUCAACAAAGCAGUGGAAAUUUUGCGGCUUUGACCACCCCUGAUGACUCGUUGAUUUAAGAUGUGGUUGAUGGCAGUGCCCUCCAUUCCUUAUGCACGUGUUGGCGGUUGGCCCACCCUGUAGAAAACCUGGAUAGGUCCUGUCUGAUCCUUCAUGUCCAGUAUCUUUAUGUCCUUUGCUCGGCGCUCUUCGUGGUGGCUGGUGUAUAUUGCCCACUUCCUUGUUCCUAGCCUGCCCUUAUUGCAAAUAUUCAGCGCGGAAAUCAGUAAAACUGCCUUUUUCGCACUGAAUGUAGGGAGCAUGGCAUUUGAUUUAAAUUUGGGUAGAUCUGGAAAUACAUUUGACUCAAAAUUUUGUUUUAUAUGUUGUAGUUUUUGUAUUUUAUUUUUUAGCUUGGUUGUACGUUAUUUGUGGCACUUACCAGUUUCGUUUUGUAUGUGGUUUUAUGCCGUUUGUCUCAUGCAUAGGUACUUACCUCUAGCUGGUACUCGUUUAUGUCUUCGUUUAGUGUUUUCUCUGUUGAUAGUUGAUACCUUAUGUUGCUUAUUUUGAGCGAAACAGUGAAUUGUCCUGUCCAGUAAACGAUUAAUUUACCGUUUGCUGUCUCCGUUUACUGGUAUCUCUUGGUUAAAUGAUUGUUGUUUAA